AUGACCACCGACGAAGAGUUCCUCGACGAUGACAAUCGAAUAGACGUAUACGCCCUCUUCAUCCUAGAAGACAACAUCCCACAAUCCAUGAUCAACGAAGUCCUCAGCACAAACGCCGCCUCCAACGAUGGCGAGCACUACCUCUGGCCGGCAGACACAUACAGCACCCUCCCUCGGCUCCGCCACUGGCCCCAUCCCGAAACCGUCAGACCGCCCAUCGACCCUAAUUGGCGCUCUCUUUUUAUAGGGAAGACUCUCCAGCAGCCUGCUAGGUUUGUGCGUAACGCCCCGAAACCCCUCUGCCGGACGUUCUUCGCUGUGUUGGAGAGGGAGCGGUACGAAAGGGAUGGGUGUAUUCGGGUUUGCAAGGUUGUGAGUGCGGAUGGGGUGGUGCAGAGUUUCUUCUAUAACGGCGAUGAGGUCGCGUUGUAUAUUGAGGCGCAUGAUAGGGAUACGUGGGAGGAGACUUGGAGGAGUUUGAGGGAGGAAUGA